CCAUGCUAACGGUCGCUACGGAUCGCUCGUUCUUCGGUUCCACAAAAGAUAUAGCCAUCUAUAUAAUUAUUACGGCCUACCACGAACGAGCGGAAAGAGCAAAUUAAAUGGAGGACGCGCGUUGAAGGCAGACAGAUAAAAGCGAAACCGAAAUAGGGUUAAGACUAUAGAAAGGCCGCGAGAUCAAAAGUGCUAAAAAAUAUAUAAAGUCACGUCAUGUCCAGUUGGAGUUUGGCCAGUGCGGUGUCGCCAAAUGUGACCGGUGGCGAUGCCAUCCGAUUGAGUACACUGAAGUCCAGUUCGGAAACCCAUCUGUCAUCGGGCGGAUCGAAAGGAUAUGGAGGACAUGGGGGCUCUGGAGGACUACCCCGGCCCACGACCCCCGUGCCCGCCAGGAAGUUGUCCUCCAAGCGACCGCCGCAUUUGACCUUGAACAUUACGGGCAAGUCGAACGACGCUCCACUGGCCGAAACGGAAAAUACGGUGCUUUCCACCAGUGAUUCCAUCUACGGAACUCUCAUGGGAGCCACGCCCUUCUCGUCGCCUGCCAACCAAAGCCACAGGAGCCAGAAGAGCCAGAAUAGUGACGAUAGCCGCCAAAGCUGCAGCACUGCCACCAGCGGAGGAUCCAUCUUUCCCCACGAACAGUACAAAACCAUCAAGAAGAUCAACAUCGGGUUCGAGAACAUACGCUACACCACCAAAUUCGGAGUCUUCCAGAGAGAAAUCAAGGAUGUGCUGAUGGGAUUGACAGGCUAUUUUAAAUCGGGAGAGCUUAGUGCCAUUGUUGGACCUUCAGGAGCUGGAAAAAGCACCCUGCUUAAUAUCCUCUCAGGAUACACAAUGUAUGGAUAUACAGGCGAUUUUCGGAUAAACGGCAAUCGACGAGAUCUCAAAGCCUUUAAGCCGAACGUGGCCUUUAUCCGCCAGGAUACGAGUCUUCAAGGCCUUUUGUCCGUUAAGGAGGCGAUGCACUUUGCAGCUAAUUUAAAAAUAGGAACCCAUAUGACCUUAAGUGAGAAGAAGGAGCGGGUGAAGAGCAUCCUGGAGGCGAUCGGGAUGUACGAUAACCGGCACACGAAAACGGGACAACUCAGUGGAGGCCAAAAGAAGCGUUUGGCAAUCGCCUUGGAGCUGGUAAAUAACCCACCGGUGCUGAUUCUGGAUGAACCAACCACUGGCUUGGAUAGCUCCACCUCCAAUCAGCUAAUAAAUCUGCUCAAGAAGCUCUCCCUCGAGGGACGAACUGUGAUUUGUACAAUCCACCAGCCAAGUGCCUUGACCUUUGCCAUGUUCGACCAUUUGUAUGCCAUUGGCGAGGGCAAGUGCAUUUAUUCGGGCGGACCCCAAAACCUACUGCCCUUCCUCGGAGCCCUCAAUAUGCACUGCCCGGAGUCCUACAACCCCGCGGACUACUUAAUGGAAAUAGCCACUCAUGACUACGACACGGAGGAGGACAACCAGCUGGAGAAGUUGGUGGCCCUGAUGGACAAUGGUCGGAAUGAGGAUUACCGACAGAGCAAGUCUGCUCGAAUUGCUCAAUUGGCAGCUAUGAAGAAAGUUGAUCAACUAAUGGCAGCGGGUAUAAUCACACCCGUGAAUGCGCCCGUAAUGGCAACAACGGCCCCAUCGCACUCCCAUCAGGGCGGUACUUUUAAGCCACUCACGCCCAUCAAUGAGCUAUCCUCGCGGGUGUGGGACAGCCAAGCUGCGGGAGUUGGUAGCGGAGAUGUUGGAGGAAAGUCAGCCGCAAGUUGCUGUAAGCCAAAGAAAAAGAAGAAACCCAAGCGACCCCUGGAAUUGGAUCCCUCACAUUUGUGCAAGAGGGAGAACAUCUACGCAACUCCCUUCUACCGCCAGUUGAGUAUUCUGUUGCUAAGGACCUUCCUGCUGAUUUGGCGGGACAGCUCGCUAACCACGAUGCGGUUUGCCAUCCAUCUGAUCACUGGACUGCUAAUAGGAACCCUGUACUUUGGAAUCGGAAACGAUGCCGCCCAGACGUUAAAUAUCUUCCGCUACCUAUUCUACACGAUCAUGUUCAUAAUGUACUGUGCGUUCUCGGGGAUAUUGGUAAAGUUUCCCCUGGAGUUUCCGAUUGUCUCCCGGGAGCACUUCAACCGCUGGUACUCCUUGCGCGCAUAUUAUGUGGCCAUCACCCUGGCGGACUUGCCCAUCCAGGUUAUCUGCAGUGCCCUGUUUAUGGUGCCCACCUAUCUGAUGACCAAGCAGCCCCUGGAACUCUGGCGUUUCGGUCUCUUCUUCCUGAUUGUGUUCGUCACGGCUCUGGUUUCGCAAAGCAUCGGAUUGGCGGUGGGCGCGGCGCUGAGUCUGAAGCUGGGCUCCAUCCUGGGACCCUUCUUUAUCUGCCCGUUCCUGCAGUUCAGCGGCUUCUUUCUGAUGGAGAAGGACGCCCCGGCAUACAUGCGCUGGAUGUUCGACAUAUCGUUCCUAAAGUACAGCCUGGAGGGAUCCAUGAUGGCCAUCUUCGGGUACGGUCGCGAGAAGUUGGUCUGCGAGGAGAUGUACUGCCACCUCUUGGCGCCCAAGCACAUACUCAAAAGUCUGGACAUGGCCGACGGGAGCUAUACGCUGGCCCUGAUCUUCCUAAUUGGCGUAUUGGUCUUCCUGCGCAUUCUGGCCUUCUACAUAAUGUCCUUCCGCCUCCGAUUGUUCAGAUGCUCCUAUCCCAGAACUCGACUGACCUCCGACAAGAUCCAAACCAAAUCGAGCCGCCGUUCGAUGGCCGAUAACGCAGUCCAAGUUCAGGCGAAUGGCCUGGCCCAAAAGCAGAAGGCGCUGGAGCUGCAUUUCAGCCAGGUUGGCUACAGUUUGAAGGGGGCCGCAAAGGGAUCCAGUCCCAUAUUGAACGAGGUAUGUGGGGUCUUCAAAUCGGGACGACUUACGGCCAUUCUGGGACCCUCGGGAGCUGGAAAGUCCACAAUGCUGAAUGCACUGGCGGGUUUCAAACUCCAAGGUGUAACUGGGCAGUUCCUUUUGAACGGUCGUCCCAGGGAUAUGCUAACCUUUCGGAAAAUGUCAGCCUACAUUGCUCAGGAUUUUGUGAUGCUGAAUCUUCUGACUGUGGAAGAGACGUUACGUGUUUCUGUUGAUCUGAAAAUGCCCAGUAGUACAAUACCUCAGGAAAAACAGAAAAUUAUAGACGACAUAAUCGACAUAUUGCAGCUGCAGUCCUGUCGCCGGACCUUGGUAAAGAAUUUGUCCGGAGGCGAGCAGAAAAGAUUGUCCAUCGGCAUCGAACUGGUCACGAAUCCGCCCAUCAUGUUUUUCGAUGAGCCCACCAGUGGACUGGACUGCGUGGCCAGUUACCAGGUGAUUUGCCACCUGCAGCGAUUGGCCCACGAUGGCAGGAUCGUGGUCUGUGUGGUCCAUCAGCCGGGAUCGCGACUCUUCCAACUCUUCGACGAUGUCCUGGUUUUGGCUCACGGGGAGGUUCUCUACGCCGGCGAACAGCGGGAGAUGCUGAGCACCUUUGCGGAAUCGGGUUACGUUUGUCCACAGUACUAUAAUCCUGCAGAUUUUGCCCUGGAGAUUUGCAGCCAAUCCACAACCACAGAGCGCUGUGAAUCGCUUAUUUCCCAGAACAAGAUGAAAUAUUGCAACACCAGCAACAUUGUGAAGCUGCAAGUUGAUGAAGAGACAGCGCUGAUUGAUGUCCACAAGGAUACUUCGGACUUGGCCCAUCUGCGGAGUAAGGAGCAGGUGGGCUUUUGGUUUCAGCUGAGCGUGCUACUUCGUCGCCAUUUGCGCUCUAUGUCGAGGGACUUGGUGGCAGUCCAGAUGCGUGUGGUGAUGCACGUGGUGGUGGCGCUACUUUUGGGCGUGGUCUACUGGCAAGUUGGUGGCGAUGCAGGCAAAAUCAUAUCCAACGUGUCCUGCCUGUUCUUCAUUAUCCUGUUCGUGUUCGCCGGCAAUGCGAUGCCCUCCAUCCUGCUGUGCAUGCAGGACUCGGCGGUGUUCAUCAGGGAGUACUACAACGGCUGGUACUCACUGAGUGCCUACUACUUAUCGAAGGUCCUGGCCGAUCUACCCAUGCAGUUCACCUGCCCCACCCUGUUCAUCAGCAUCGGGUACUUCAUGUCCGGCCAGCCACCAGAGCUCCAUCGAUUUCUCAUGUGCUGGGGCAUUUGUGUGAUGACCGCGUUCAUCGGCCACUUCAUCGGGGUGAUCGCCGGAUCGCUGUUCCCCAUGCAGUUGGCUAUUUUCCUGGUGCCGAGUGCCACGAUUCCGUUCCUGCUGUUCUCCGGCUUCUUCAUCCGCCUGAACGAGCUCUCCUGGUUCCUGCGUCCCAUCUGCGACGUGUCCUUCUUCAGGUACAUCUUCGAGGGCCUGAUGAGGGCCAUCUACGGUUACGAUCGCGGGGAGCUGGAGUGCCAUGCCACAUUCUGCUACUAUAGGACAGCGGACAAGUUCCUCAAGGACUUUGAGAUGCAGGGCGACGAGUUCGAUUGGGACAUGGUGGUGCUGGGAAUGUUCCUGAUCCUCCUGCUCCUCGCUUUCUUUGUGACCCUCACUUCGGUCAUCCGACGAGCUCUUCGGUGAUAUCGUUAGUUUUUUAUCUGGGACUUAAAUGUAUUGAAGCUUAAAAAAUAAUUUAAAGGCGGAUAAAAGUUAUUAAGAAUAUA